CUGACCGUAAGAGGAUUUCUCUUAGGAGAUUUAAAACACACAGGCGCCGGAGAAACCGUUUGAAAAUUAACUGGAACGAAAAUAAGAGAGCUUGGUGCUCCAGACGUGGCGAAGUUACGAAGUCCGCAUAACCGUUAGCUAAGUCUUUUUUUUUUAGUCUAAUUUAAGAGUAUGGCUCCUUACCUGCGCGACCAGUAACACUGACAACAUGAAUAAACUUGACACGGACUGGGAAGGAAUGUGAACGCGCCUCGAGGUAACCAUGGCAAUGACAGGUCAGACAUCCUGCUCCUCGAUGAGUAACCACACCAAAGAACGGGUGACUAUGGCCAAAGUGACGCUGGAGAACUUCUACAGCAAUCUGAUAGCACAGCACGAGGAGCGAGAAAUGAGGCAGCAGAAACUGGAAAAGGUGAUGGACGAGGAAGGCCUUGUCGACGAGGAGAAGCGUAUAAGAAGAUCACAGCAUGCCCGGAAAGAGACGGAGUUUCUGAGGCUCAAGAGAACUCGACUCGGGCUGGAUGACUUUGAGUCUCUGAAGGUCAUAGGUCGAGGAGCUUUCGGAGAGGUGCGCCUGGUUCAGAAGAAGGACACGGGCCAUGUGUACGCUAUGAAGAUCCUGCGUAAAGCCGACAUGCUGGAGAAGGAGCAGGUGGGUCACAUCCGAGCAGAGAGGGAUAUCCUGGUGGAAGCAGACAGCCUCUGGGUGGUGAAGAUGUUCUACAGCUUCCAGGACAAGCUGAAUCUCUACCUGAUCAUGGAGUUUCUACCGGGGGGUGACAUGAUGACCCUCCUAAUGAAGAAAGACACCCUCACUGAAGAGGAGACGCAGUUUUAUAUUGCAGAGACUGUGCUGGCCAUCGACUCCAUUCACAGGAUGGGGUUCAUACACAGGGACAUCAAACCAGAUAAUCUGCUCCUCGAUAGUAAGGGUCAUGUGAAGCUGUCUGAUUUUGGACUCUGCACAGGGCUGAAGAAAGCUCACCGGACAGAGUUUUAUAGGAAUCUCAAUCACAGUCUUCCCAGUGACUUCAGUAAGGACUACAGCGCCUUCCAGAACAUGAACUCAAAGCGGAAAGCAGAAACGUGGAAAAGAAACCGGAGACAGUUAGCCUUCUCCACAGUGGGGACCCCAGACUACAUAGCUCCGGAGGUGUUUCUGCAGACUGGGUAUAGCAAGCAGUGUGACUGGUGGUCCCUGGGGGUCAUCAUGUAUGAGAUGCUGAUUGGUUACCCGCCGUUCUGCUCCGAGACACCGCAGGAGACCUACAAGAAAGUGAUGAACUGGAGGGAGACCCUCAUCUUUCCACCCGAGGUUCCCAUCUCUGAGAAAGCCAAGGACCUCAUCCUCAGAUUCUGCUGCGAGGGAGAACACAGAAUCGGAGCUGGUGGUGUGGAAGAAAUCAAGAGCAACCCUUUCUUUGAGGCGUUGGACUUGGACCACAUCAGGGAAAGACCUGCUGCGAUCUCAAUUGAAAUCAAAAGCAUCGAUGACACUUCAAACUUUGACGAGUUCCCAGAAUCGGACAUCCUCCAGCCGCCAGCUCCCUUAGCAGUGAGUAACCAUUCUGAGGCUGACUACAAGAACAAAGACUGGGUCUUCAUCAACUACACUUACAAACGCUUUGAGGGGCUGACUGCAAGGGGGGCCAUUCCUUCGUACAUGAAGACGGGGAAAAGAUAAACUGGGAGACCCCCGUGCACCCGAUUCCGAUCUCUCACUUUGUUUACCAUUUCGGUCUGAAGCUGAAGGGCUUUGAGGGGCUUCCUUGCCCUCUCAUGCCCUCUAGAGCUAUGGAAGUGCCGGGGAGAGCUUCAUCCGCCACAAACCCAGCUGGAUAUUCAGAAACUGAGCCUUAAAAUCAAGUUGCUCCAGUGUCUCGGAACACGACAAGGGCUUUACCUUCUACACAGAUCCUGAUGUCCAUUUCAACAGAGCGCCGAUACCAGGAGAUACAAAAAAAACAAAACUGCCUUCUGCGUCAUAAAAAUACCACCGACUAUAGAAACCAGCAAAGCAAUCCGCAAUGUUCAUCUCUUUAAAAGACCAUUCUUUCAGUCUUCUGGUGCUGCCCAUUGGACAGUGCUGAGAGAACUCCUAUGCAAACCUAAAAGUUUUAUUUUCUUGGUAUACUGAUGUCAUCUAUAACAUGCCUUUUUUUGUGAGGGCUGUUCUGUUUCCUCCAGUUCGUUUUCUAUUUUUAACCCAAUUUUUGAAGAUAUGCAAAAUGUUGGACUGGCACACUGUGACUAUACUCAUUGUAACGCUCUCCCUUCACGUGGUGAAAGCGGAUCUGAUUUUUACAUGCAUAUUUUAAAAAAAAUUAUAAAUCAUAGCACAUUCGUGGUUCUGCUAAGAAAAUACAAGUUAAAGUACGGCACACAGAUCUCACAAUAUGUAUUUCUUUUCCUGUAACUGGAGUUAUUUCCGUAGUUGCACCAAAGGACUAUGGGACCUGUAGUUGGUGGUGUUGUUGUUAUUAUUAUUAUUAUUAUUAUUAUUAUUAAGCUACUGUGCUAGUCCUGAACAAGGACAAGGACUGAACGUUUAAUGCCUUUAAAAUGGGAGAGACGGGCCCCCGACUUUCUCAGUAAUGUGCAUCAAUCCCUAUAGAAAUGUAGCACAGGUACAAAAAAUACGUUCAUCAAAUUUCAAAUCCCUAAGAACCCACAUCUAAUUUUGAGGAUAGCAUUUCAUUAUUUAUAUUGCAGUCUCCUGUUCUCAAGUUAUCUUUUGAAAACCUGUCUGUCUUUUCUAACAGAUCUGAUCGCUAAGUUUUAAGAUGGGUCUGGUCUUAAACCAGGGCUUUGCUGUAUUUAUAUAUUUCAUUUGAGUAGAUAUUUUGGCUGUGAAUGGCCAACAUUGUAAAAAAAAAGGGUGUGUAGUCUGUAGUGCUUAGUGUGGGACAGAGUUAGGCACGGGUAGACCAGCAUGCAUGGGCUAAUUAUCCCAGACUGUCAAAGAAGCUUUAGCACAGUUACUGGAUGUGAGUAGUGCAUAUUUAAUACAUAGGGCUUGAUUUUAACUACCUAAAGGAGUUACCUGGUGAAGAGGAGGUUCAGCAUUGCCUGGACAGUCCUGCAUUUCAUGAGCACUAAGAAUACAAGCCUUAUCUGUUUCAACUGUUGUCCUGCCCCCUCACGAGUACAACGCAGCAUUAAAUCCUCACAGCUCAACUCUGGUCUUGCGUUUUGAGGGUCUCUCACAGUCGCCAGCAUAUUAAGGAAUUGAGUGGGUCAGGUCUCGGUUUAGGGUCCACAGAGUUUUCGCACGCUGCUUUUGUUGUUUUUUUUUUUUUUUUUUGUAAAGGUACAGAUGCCAAAGAACUUUUAAUAGAGCCAUGGUACAACACACCAGCUGUAAUAUGAGCAAGUGCUUUUGUUGAGUUUUUAAUUUUUUUAUUUGUGUGUGGUGUUAGCGGCUGUAGUUCCACCAGCCUGUCUAUCGUACCGUGAAAGUCGCUUGCUGUAUCACAGAAUGGGUGCUAGAUGCCAUAAUGUGUAUUAUAUUUUAGAUGGUCUGUAUUCUGUUUUAUUUAUCCCCUUUCAAAGAGGCUUGUUGCUGCCCUUCACCAAGAUAUUGAACCUGCCUUUUUAAAAGAAAAAAAGAAUAGCCGUUUAUCUGGCAAUAUUACUUUAUGAAUGAAUUGGUUGCUUUUUAAGGUUUUGAAAUGUAAAAAAUAACAGGGGCAGACUUUGCUUGAGUGUGUGUCUCCUAGCUGGGGGACUGUUUGAAUCUUUGUAAAUGUACGUUUGGUUUUAUUUCUUGGUAUCUUGUCGUAGUUUUAAGAGAUGGGAGUAGGGAACGAAUCUAGAAGUAAUUUAAGUUUUUGUUGCCCAUUCGAUGUUCCCACCCUGGCCUUCCUUUUCAUCCCUGCACUGCAUCCACAGCAGAACCCUUUUUAUCCAGAUUGUUCUGUUUUCUGUAGUGGUUGAGUUUCUCUCACCAGUAGCAAAGUUUCUGGGUGUGAACUUCCCUUUUUUAAAUGCUUGUUUUUAUUAAACAAAAACACAGUUCAGUUAAACAGGGUUCUUUCUGUGUGCAGCACCACCAGCAUUGUGACUCAGGCCAAUGACUUCUUUCCCCCCUACUUCUUCUGAUAGGGUUAUAUUAUAUAUGGCUGCCUUACAAGUUUAUUAUGUAUAAAUGUAGUUGCUAUGUAUUGGGUUUUUUAUUUAGAUUUUCGUUAAGUUUGAACUGUAUCGAUUUUCAUUUACCUGCCUAGAAAGUAAAGCUUGUUUCUAUGAAAGGAGCUUCUAAUGCUGCCAAGUAACGGUAGCCCUUAAACUAUACAAUAAACACUUGUGUAUAACGAUG